AUGCAGUUCACGGAAGAGAAAGCCGCGGAGGUCAAAUCCUGGGUUGUGAAGAAACUUGAAGAUAUCUCCGAUGCAGACUCGGAAGUAUUGGCGGAUUAUGUCCUUGCUUUGGUAUCUACGGAUGCUCCAGACGAGGAGAUAAGGAAAGCUUCCGUGGAGAAUCUCGAAGACUUUUUGAAAGAGAAUACUGUUAAAUUCGUGGACGAAAUAUUUGAAAAGUUUCACCCAAAACCAGAGCAGCAGCAGCCUCCUCCACCCGCCGUGCAGCAGCCCUCUUUGCCUUCCCCAGCCCAAAAUGCCCCGUUCGGUCAGCAGCCUCCAAAUGCGGAUAUGAUGGCUCAAUUUGCGCAAGCCCAACUCGGACCAAUGGGACAGCCAGGACUAGGCGGAUUUGAAAGCAAUGACCAGCAAUUUAACGCGCGGAAACGAACAUUUAACGAUUCACAGGGGGGUGAGGAUCAGGGCCCAUAUCAAAGAAGCGCGGAUAGGCCGUAUAAGGCCGCACGCGGUCGACGUGGUGGCAGAGGAGGUAUAGGAGGGUGGGACAACCGACAAAAUCCAGGUGCACAGGGCCAGGGCUAUUCACCAAAUAUGCCUGGAGGAUUUCGCGGUGGCCCUCCUGCUCCACAGCCUGGAUUCCCUCCUUUCAAUCCCAAUGACCCAAUUGCGCAGAUGUUAAGUAUGUCAGGGAUGAAUUUUCCGCAAAUUCCAGGGAUGCCACCCAUGCCACCGCUCCCAUCGCUUAAUGGGCAGCCACAGACCUCUGGUUCGCCCCCUAACAAAAUUGCGGAACGAUGUAAGGAUUAUGAUACUAUGGGAUUCUGUGUUUUGGGAAGCACUUGUCCUUACCAGCAUGGUCAGGAUCAUUUGGUUGCCCCAUCAAAGGAUGACGAGUACGACCCAACCAAAUCGAAUAUUGUAUCUAACCACCCGACGAAUGGUGCUAAUGGCGGUGGACGUGGUGAUCGAGGAAGAGGGCGAGGCCGCGGCCGUGGUGAUAGAGGAGGUUAUGGCUCGCAACGCCGUAAUCGGGCUGACUUUUCACACGCAGGCCCCAACGAGGACCGGAAAAUCACAACUAUCGUUGUCGAGCAAAUACCGGAAGACAAAUUUAACGAAUCUACCGUCCGAGAAUUUUUCUCUGAUUUCGGUGAAAUUACAGAGAUCACUAUGAAGCCAUAUAAACACCUAGCCCUUGUCAAAUAUGACUCGUAUGAUGCAGCUCAUCGAGCAUGGUCAAGCCCGAAGGUCAUCUUUGACAACAGGUUUGUAAAGGUUUAUUGGUAUAAGCCUACAGAGUCAAGAGGUGACAGCAACGGCUUUAAACCGUCUUCUACUGAAGAAGCCCCGUUCGAUCGAGAAGCGUUUGAGAAGCAGCAGGCGGAGGCUCAAAGAAUUCAUGAGGAAAAGGUCAGGAAACGAAAAGAAACGGAGGAAGCAAUCUUAGAACAUAAAAGGAAAACCGAUGAAUUGCUUAAACGCCACAAGGAGGAGCAGGCUAAAUUAUUGGAGAAAUUGCAAGCUAAGGGUGCUGGCAAAGAAACUGCUGCCUCUGAGACGGGAGCUCCGGUGAAUGAUCAGACUGCCUCUUUACGUGCCCAGCUCGCGUCUCUACAGGCAGAGGCUAAAAGCAUGGGUAUUGAUCCCGAUGCUCAGCCGGAGUCUACUUUUGGCCGGGGUCGUGGACGAGGCUUUGGUGGCUUCCGUGGAAGAGGUGCAUUCCCUCCUCGUGGCCGUGGCUACGACCCCUCGUUUAGAGGUGGGUUUAGAGGCCGAGGAAGCUUCCGUGGCCGCGGGGGCGUGAUGCGCCUCGAUAAUCGUCCUAAAAGGGUUGCUAUCUCAGGGGUAGAAUUUGAUACUAACCGCGACGAGGCGUUGAGGCAAUAUCUUUUGGGAAUCGGAGAAUACGACAGCGUUGGUCCCAGCCCAGAUCGUCCGGGAGCUUUGGUGGUAUCCUUCAAAGACCGAUACGUUGCUGAGAAGCUAUUCCAUGGCCCAACUGACAUCCCAUCAGUCGGCAAGGUUGAGUUCGCCUGGGUUAAUAACCCGCCGCCUGCUACGACACAGCCCGGUGGCGGAGCUGCUCAGAAAGCCAGCGAAGAUGUUGCUAUGACCGAUAGUAAUACGCCCAGUGCUCUCGCACAGGAGAAGGAGCCAACGCAUGAAGUUGACUAUGAUGUGGCUGAAAUGGAUGAUGCCUGGGGGCCUGAGUGA